AUGUUCGCCAUCACCCUCGUCUCCAGCUUGCGGCUUAUUCUUGCCGCUUGCUUGUUGUCUUCUCUCUCACAAGCCAGCCUGAUCCCGAGCAACCUCCUCGGCGGCCGAGGACUGAGCCCCUAUCCGAAACGUACCUUGGGGGGCGUCUCUGUCGUCGAUACUCCGAUUGUGCGGGCGGCUGAGGCAUUCGCUAGACAGAACGGCCAGGACUUCACAUACAAACAUAUCAUGCGUUCGUGGCUGUUCGGCGCACUCGUCAUCCAUCAUAACGAAACGCUGCGUGCCACCAUCGAUCUCGAGGUUCAUGCGGUGGCCGCGCUUCUCCACGACUUGGGCUGGGAUCGGAACGAUGGCUCGCCCGUAGUCAGCGUCGACCGUCGGUUUGAGGUUGAUGGCGCGAUCGCUGCUCGGGACUUUAUCAGAGACCACCGGGACGGUAAACAAUGGGAAGAGCGGCGAGUGCAGCUGGUCUGGGACGCUAUUGCGUUGCAUACCCAGCAGAGCAUCGCCCUAUUCAAGGAACUGGAUGUCCAGGUAGUGCAUAAGGGCAUUAUCACGGAUUUCGAUGGCCCUCAACUGGGUAUAACGGAGGAAGAAUACGCUGCCGUGGUCAAGGAGUUUCCAAGGGACGACUUGCGGUAUGGUCUAAACGAGACCAUUGUCUGGCUUUGUAAUACCAAGCCUGCUUCUACUUAUGACACCUGGAUGCAACCGUGGGGAGAGGCGUAUGUCUCUGACUACUAGGUAUUCAGCGGUGGGGAGUCGUCUAUUCGAUAGGCCGAUCUAUUGAUCAAGAUUUUGCGUCUACG